AUGUCGUACCGAUCAUCUGAUGCCUACUCGCGGCGUCCUACCGACGAUGACCGUCGAGGAUCGGACAACCGUGAUCGUCACCCGGACAACUACUCGAGGGCAAGACCCAGCUCCCACUAUCCCUAUAGGGACGAGAGGUACCGUCGGGAGUCACGGGACACGGAUGCCGCGCUUAGGGAGAGGCGAAACCCGCCCGGAUCGCCUCACCAGCCUCCGUCCCUGAACGCCACAAAGUCCAAUACCGCUACAGUUUCUGCGCGGUCGGAUCAAUCUCCGGCAUCUCGAUCCUCCACAGACAGCCCCAGCCUCGACAGAGAUAAUCCAUGCGAGAAGCUUGUUAGGUUGAUGAAGAAACAAUGUGAGGUCGAAUUCGAACUAGCACGCCUCAAGCGUGACCGGGGGCAUGUCAACGACAAGCUGAAGCAGAGGCAAGCGGAGUACGAGAAGUCGAUGGUCAAGCAUGUCGAGUUUCCUUCCAUUCCCGAGGUUCAAAGCAUGCACAGGACCAGAUAUGCCGAGCAGGUACGGUGCUUGGAUGCCGAAAUCCAUAAGGCACAAGAAGAAGCAAGCAAAAUCGCCCAUGCCGUUGCACAAGCCAUGCUGUCGGCUCAGAACAAGGAUUCCGAGGAGAAGGUCACCCCCUCGGCGAGCUUUUUGCAGCAAGAGGAAAAGUUAAAGAAGCAAGAAGCGGAAGUAAGAGAACUUAAGGAGAGUCUGGAGAGGCAUCGCCAACUCGAAGCGAAGAAGGAAGCGGAAAUAACGGAGUUACGAAUGAAGAUUCGCCGACUCGAGGAGAGGGAUGUGCUGGACAAAAGCGAUCUAAAGGCUGGGCUGGGCCGGCUGGAUGCAGAAUUCAAAGCGGAGAUAAUGAUGAUGAAGAAGACCAUGAGUGAAGAGUGGAAAAGGGAACUAAAGGAACAACUGAACCUGCAGCGGCUGGAAUUUGAAAAGCAGAAAGCCGAACAACAGCAAUCGCAGCAAACCGAUCUACGAUCUCAGUUCUCUAAACUAGAGGCAUACUUGAGAAAAGCGAUCAAGCAGCAGCUCCUAGCGCACGGGAGCAGUUCCGAACCAGUCUGCCGCACGGAGAUCUCUUCCCUCCUACAAAAGGAGAGCUCGGUCUUGCAGUCUGAUAUCUCGGGCUUAUUGAGUCGUGUAGUCCAACUUUCGGAGCAAUUAGCCCAGAGGACCCAAGAGAGCAUCAGCCUGCGCAACGGUCUGGACACUUGUAUGCAACAAGUGGAGGACCAAGGUCGCAAGAUCGAUGACCACGAAGCUCAAUUGUCGAACAUCGAUUUCGACGUCCAAAAUCGCGUGGCCGAGGCUAUUUCCUUCGACCUACCGAAUUUGAAGAGGAAGUUGGAGGGGAUUCAAUCCAGGGUAAACGACGAUAUUCCGAAGGAAAUCGACAGCAAGCACAAAGAGGUGUCAGAUCAAAUCAAGCAGUUUGUUGCGCGGGCUACGACCGGUUUGGCGCAGAUGUUAGAGGAUACAAAGUCAACAGUUCACAACCACGGGGUGCGGGUUACGGCGCUGGAAGAGGCUUCUACGAGCAGCGGUCGCACAGGUAUUCCAGAAAGGCACGCGACAGAACUCGACUUUGGAUCAGUCAAUUCGGACGUCGCUGCAAUCAAGAUGGACUACGAGCGGGCCAGGGCGGAACUCAACCGCCUCGCCCAGGAGCACCGCGAACUGGUAGAUCAGUUUAAGCAGGCCAACCAAUUCGCCACUGCCAGCCAGCGCCUCGAGGAUCAGCUUAAAAAUAUUCAACACGAGAUCACCGUGUUAGACUCGCAGUACAAGAACCUGACAACGCGGCAUGUGGCCGAGCAGAUGGUCGGUGUCCUCGAACAGUUAUACCCAGAACCCAGCCAAAUCGUUGCCGACAUGCGCGCUUUGAAAACGGAGCACGACAACCUGGGUUCCCGCGUCGAGAGCCUGGAGAGCCGGGUGGAGGAUUUCAAAGAGAGCUUCGAUGAGAAGGUGUCGAACGGGCCGGAGCGGCUGUACAGAGAAUAUGAUGAAUGCGCGAGCCAGGGCGUGGGGCAUAAGAGAAAGCGGAUUGGCUCUGAAAUGAAUGGUGUAGAACAUCUGAUGGCGAACGGAGCUGGUUAG